CACGGGCCGAGCGCCCGCUCGCGCGGCUCCCACAAUGCACCGCACAAUGGCCCGACCGCCGCCACUACCGGGGCCUGAGCGGGCCUGGCGGAGCCCGAGCGCGGCCCGGGCCGCAGCGCGGGGCCCGGAGCGUGGUGAAGAGAUUGUUUUCUGAAGGCUGCGUUGGAGGCUGUGACAGAGCACAGAGCCCUGUGGAGCUGAUGGGGAGGCUUUCUCAAUAACAUGGCCCUUCGCCAUUAGCCUUGCCAUGACCACAUUUUUCACCAGCGUCCCCCCCUGGAUUCAAGAUGCAAAGCAGGAGGAGGAAGUGGGCUGGAAACUAGUUCCCAGGCCUCGGGGCCGGGAGGCGGAGAGUCAAGUGAAGUGCCAAUGUGAAAUCUCGGGGACACCCUUCUCAAAUGGGGAGAAGCUGAGGCCUCAGAGCCUCCCCCAUCCAGAGCAGAAACCGUAUAGCUGCCCUCAGCUGCACUGUGGCAAGGCGUUUGCCUCCAAGUACAAGCUGUAUAGGCACAUGGCCACUCACUCAGCCCAGAAACCCCACCAGUGCAUGUACUGUGAUAAGAUGUUUCACCGCAAGGAUCAUCUGCGGAACCAUCUGCAGACGCAUGACCCCAACAAAGAGGCCCUCCACUGUUCUGAGUGCGGUAAGAAUUACAAUACGAAGCUGGGCUACCGGCGCCACCUGGCCAUGCAUGCCGCCAGCAGUGGUGACCACAGCUGCAAGGUGUGCCUGCAGACCUUCGAGAGUACCCAGGCCCUGCUAGAGCACCUGAAGGCCCACUCACGCCGGGUAGCAGGUGGUGCCAAGGAGAAGAAGCACCCCUGUGACCACUGUGACCGGCGGUUCUAUACUCGUAAGGAUGUGCGGCGGCACCUGGUGGUCCACACAGGCCGGAAAGACUUCCUGUGCCAGUACUGUGCCCAGCGAUUUGGCCGCAAAGACCACCUGACACGUCAUGUCAAGAAGAGUCACUCGCAAGAGCUGCUCAAGAUCAAGACAGAGCCAGUGGACAUGUUAGGCCUACUCAGCUGCAGCUCCACAGUCAACGUGAAGGAAGAGCUGAGCCCUGUGCUGUGCAUGGCCUCUCGGGACGUGAUGGGGGCCAAGGCCUUCCCUGGCAUGUUGCCCAUGGGCAUGUAUGGUGCCCACAUCCCUACCAUGCCCAGUGCGGGCGUGCCACACUCCCUGGUGCACAACACGCUGCCCAUGGGUAUGAGCUACCCUCUGGAGUCCUCACCUAUCUCUUCCCCAGCUCAGCUUCCUCCAAAAUACCAGCUUGGAUCUACCUCAUACUUGCCCGACAAAUUGCCCAAAGUGGAGGUGGAUAGUUUUCUGGCGGAGCUUCCUGGAAGCCUGUCUCUCUCAUCCGCUGAACCCCAGCCCGCCUCACCUCAGCCGGCGGCAGCUGCGGCCCUCCUAGAUGAAGCACUGCUCACCAAGAGCCCCGCCAACCUCUCUGAGGCCCUCUGCGCUGCUAAUGUGGACUUCUCCCACUUACUGGGCUUUCUUCCUCUCAACCUGCCCCCGUGUAACCCACCCGGGGCCACAGGAGGCCUGGUCAUGGGCUACUCCCAGGCCGAGGCGCAGCCCCUGCUCACCACUUUGCAAGCUCAGCCUCAAGAUUCCCCGGGAGCUGGGGGACCACUGAACUUUGGGCCUCUGCACUCCUUGCCUCCUGUCUUCACCUCUGGCCUGAGCACCACCACCCUGCCUCGUUUCCACCAGGCAUUCCAGUAGCCCCAAGGAGGACCUCAGCUCAGUCUUGGCUCUGUCAGGGAGUCUCAGUAUCUACCCCAUAUGCAUCCCCCAUGAAGGCAGCUGAGCUUUCAGAGCUGAGUUCAAAAAGAAAAAAUUCCAGUAUCUGUAUGGAGCACUUGGUUUGGGGGUUGGGCUCCAGGAUCAGUUCCAGGAGGAGCCUUGAGCCCCAACCCCAUGAAAAGAUGUCAUACAAUAGGACUUCAGGUAUUUUUACUUUUUUUUUUUUUUUUUUUAAAUCUGAAUCGGGAGCCACACCUAGCCCUCUCCCUCUCCAAAGCAUCAGAACCUCCUUCUCUUUGGAGAAGGGAGAGGUCUCUUGGAGACACAGAGGGUUUUACUUUGGAUGACCUCGAGAGAAAUAGCCCAAGAAGCCCGUCUUCUGGUCCCAGCCUGCAGACCCCCCAGCAGUUGGUUAGGCCCUGCUGCAGAGGGUCCGUCGCCUGCUUCCAACCAACAGGCAGGAGAGAGGGCCUCUGUUCUUCCCCAUCACCUCCAUCCCUCCUGUCCUAGCACCUCCAUUUUCAAUGUUUUCCAGCAACGGUACCGUUUACACAGUCGCCUCAGACACACCAUUUCACCUCCCUUGCUGAGCUGUAUAGCCUUAGAAUGAUUGCAGUGAACAUUGUUUACACACCGUGAAUCCAUUCCCACCAGUCCAUUCCAGUUGGCACCAUUCGGAACCAUUUGGUACCUGGUGUUAACUGGAGCCCUGUUUACAAGGCGGAGUCGGGUCUCACUGACUUCUCUUCACUUGAGGUCAUAUUUUUCCCCUGUGGGGAAAUAAACUGACUUUGGACUGCUUCAGUCUCUGCCAUCUUCCAUGACUGUGUCUGUUCCUGCCUUCCUCGGCAGAGUCCACAGGAGACAGGCAAGAAGAUUGGAGCAGUUUUCUCACAGGUCUGCAAUUCUGUUUUUCUCCAAGUACAUCAUGACCCCCUCAUCCUCCUUUUGAACUGGAGAGGGGAAGAAAUGAUAAGGCAUGCCCACUUCCAUCACCCCCUGCCCCAAUUCUCUAAUCCCCACCCUGAAUGUCAUGAGCUUUUAUCAUUAGUCUUGGAACGAGGGACUCCGGUUCUAGGCUGGUGUGGAUAGCAAAGGAGAGGGUGAGACCUCAUUUGUCUCUCUCCUGUCUCUUUUCCAGGAAGUUGUGGAAUUGUUGGAAGAAGAGUUUUCAGAAAGUUAGGACGGGGCAGAUAGUUGAGUCCUAAUCUCUGGGUGUACAUCAUUGCCUCCCAUACCAAACUUUUUUCUUCUCCACAGUGUUCCUCCUCUCUCUUCCACUUUACAGUCCCGUGGACUCAGGCCCACUGUGCCUAGGCUUCUCUGCUCUCCGUCAAAGAACUUCCAUCUUCCUUUUGUGGCCCCUCUCACUUUUGCCCCCAGUACUCAGCAAGUUUCUUGCAACAAAUGAUUAGUUCUUCUCUUCUGACUUGUGGGGCUCCCUGCCACAGACAGCACAGCUCUUGCCCAGCUGAACCCCAUCCCUGCUUCAUCUCAGUUCUGCAUGGGCUUCGCUCUUCCCACUCGUGGAAGGGAGGCAGCUCAGGGACCACCAGUGUGGGGCCCUCUUGAGACACUUCCACUCUGAUUCAGAAACACACUCCUACCUCUUUACUGUUAACUCCUACAGAUGCAGCCAGCAGUUUCUGGGCGCUUCUCUCAGCAGGUGCCUCAUACUGGCUUCUCCACUAGGGUUUCAGGACAAACUACCAAGGAACUGCCUCAGCCUCUUCCCAGUCCUCCCCCGCCCCCUUCUGUCUAGAAAUCACUUUGGUUUAUCAUCAGGAACUGAGCAGGUCCAAGACCCAGGCUUCUGCUUCAGCCCAGGCCAGUACUCUUCCUUUGAGGUGAAAGCCUUAAAAUGUAGCUCCCUGGCCCUUGAUUGGAAGCAAUGUGGAGUGAAUAAGCAUGUUUUAAUUUAGGCAGGCUAGUUUGGGAUACCUUUUUAAAAAAAAAGACAAAACCAGAUAUAAAGGUGUCUGGCAAGAUUAGAAUCAGAGUAGGUGAUUUGCUUCUAAAAAUUAGUUUCAGUGAGUCCCAGGGACUAAUUAAGGUUUACUUUUAAAAGCGUCCCCUUGGUACGCAGCCGCCUCCUGCAUGCUGUGCAUGUUAUUGGGACUCGUAUACAGGAAAUGGUAUGUGAGGAUCCAAACAGGACUCUGCUGCCAUUCUCCUGUCGUCUCUGAUCUUCAUCACUAGACCCAGCAACCCUCACCCCUCCCUGCCACCUUCCCUGCACCUUUCGGUUACAGAGGCAAAUGGGCCUCUGGCCACAGAAUAUAAAGUCUUGGGCUGUUAGAAGAGUCCCCUCCUCUUUGCCUGCUCUUUCCUGUCCCUUCCUUGAAUACUCUCCCCCAUUAGUGAUGCUGGGAAACUCAUAGGACAGGCAAAGCAACUAUUUAAAACCUUGUAACUGGGGCCUUGCCCCUCCUCCCCUCACUUCUUCCUUCCGUCCUGUUCCUCUUUUCUUCUUCCUUCAAUGCCCUUCCCACCCACAAGGAAUUUUCCUAUCACUGUGAACUUUGCUGGUGCAGAGGAACAUCUGCCUUCACUUUUUUUUUUUUUUUUUUGGGCCAUAGACACCCAGCCAUUUCUUAAACCUCCCCAAAAUUUAAAACAAAGGAAAAAAAAAAGUCCAUAUUGGCCUGGUUGUUCAAAGGAUAAGAAUAGCUUUAUCCUACUCAGUACCAAACCCACUUCAGUACCCUUACUGAGGCCAUGAGAGCCUAGGGGUUUCUGCCCAGGACAGGAGCCAUGGCAUGUUGGCAGAGACCAAACGGGGACCAGGAAAAGGGGUGAUGUUCCCUUCCCCCACCACCUCCAACCUCUGUCAGCAUGAGCUGCCCUGAACAGUGGCAGGCAACUCCCCCUCUGCACAGUAGCUGGUCAGGGUUGAGUGCAGUCCUGGGGGCCAGGGGAUAGCGUGCCCAGUUGUGUCAGCUCAGAGGAUCUGUGCACAUCUUAGAGAGGUGAGAGGUAGGGAAAGGAAUAACAAUUGAGUUUUUUUCCCUCACCCUUUUACAAUGGCAUUUUGUUAAUGGAAAUCUGGGAAGCAGGUGUGAUUACUUCUUUUGCUCGUAGAUAUUGUCCUAAGUUGAAAUUCUCUCACUGCCCUAAACUUUCCCCUAGUAGCCCUUUAAGUCCCUACCCCCCUUCUUUUUGGUAGCUGUUUUCUCCACCCCUCUCUCCACCUCCUCUCUUAUCUAGGAGCUGUUUUUAAGCACGAUUUUUUUUUUAACAGUUUAUAUUGUACAGGAUCAAUAUUUUGCUUUUUAACAAGGAUAUUUAUGUAAUAAGAAACUUUGCCUUAGGCAGGUGUUGGCCAGAAAAGUCCAGAUUCCUCUAGGACCCCACCCUGGCCUCUCCUGGAACUCUGAACCUGCUGUGGAAGGAAUUGGCUGUAACCUCACCACUGGAGAGUAGGGUCUGUGGCGAGGGAAAGGGGUGUACUGGUUCUGACAGGAGAAGGAUCCACCAUCAUAAUCUAGUGCCUCUAUGGAGGGGUUUGGAAGAAGCGUUCCAGUUCAGUUUCUUCGGAUGUAAGCUUACUUCCUUAGCGGAUUCUCCCCAUAGUGCACCUCUCCACCUCCUACUAUUCGGCACUAGAACUCCUGAAACACCACUUCUCAUACAACUCCCUCCCUCCUUCCCAGUGGUCAAGGCUUUGGAGCCACUCUUUCGUAACGCCAGAUUAUUUAAAGAGAAAAAUACAAGACAAAACCUUCUAGCACUUUGUACACACAGUGAAUAACCUCUUGGAGUAUUUUUGGCUUUAUAUAAAACAAGGUUUUUAAUUGUAAAAUAUAAGUGCCAUUAGAAAAUGCACAGGGCCUAUCUUUGUUAAAGUAGAUUUUUCAAUGUUUUGCAGAAUUACAUUUUCAAAAAAAAGUUUUUAUAAUGAAGUUGUUUAUUAAAAACUUCUGAAUGAUGUGUUUGGAAGUUGUGAACCUGUUUGAUUGGAAAGGGGUA